AGUUCCGGGGAGCAGGCGGGCGCCGCGCUUCUGGUGUCCUGAGCUUCGGGCUUUGAGUCCUGCUGCAGGGCACUGGGGUGGUCGCACAGGCGUCGGGAUCAUGGUGUUCUACUUUACCAGCAGCAGCGUUAAUUCAUCUGCUUACACUAUUUACAUGGGAAAGGAUAAAUAUGAAAAUGAAGAUCUGAUAAAGUAUGGCUGGCCCGAAGAUAUUUGGUUUCAUGUGGACAAACUCUCUUCGGCGCAUGUAUACCUUCGAUUACAUAAGGGAGAGAAAAUAGAAGACAUUCCAAAGGAAGUACUGAUGGACUGUGCCCACCUUGUGAAGGCCAAUAGCAUUCAAGGCUGCAAGAUGAACAACGUUAAUGUGGUAUAUACGCCGUGGUCUAACCUGAAGAAAACAGCUGACAUGGAUGUGGGGCAGAUAGGCUUUCACAGGCAGAAGGAUGUAAAAAUUAUGACAGUGGAGAAAAAAGUGAAUGAGAUCUUGAACCGAUUAGAAAAGACCAAGUUGGAGCGGUUUCCAGACCUAGCUGCGGAGAAGGAAGGCAGAGACCGGGAAGAGAGGAAUGAGAAAAAAGCCCAAAUUCAGGAAAUGAAAAGGAGAGAGAAAGAAGAAAUGAAGAAGAAGAGGGAGAUGGAUGAACUUAGGAGCUAUUCAUCAUUAAUGAAAGUUGAGAAUAUGUCUUCAAAUCAGGAUGGCAAUGAUUCAGAUGAGUUCAUGUGAGAGGAGAAAAGGACUUUUGAAAGACAUGAAUGCAGAGACCAUUGCGGACCUUGUGAUUUCAUCUGUGUUCUAAAUUAUAAAAAACAAGCAACCAAAAUUCUGCCUUCAUUCUACAGAGAUAUUAUUCAUUUUGGAGUUUAAAAAAAUCAUUUUUUUUUGCUGACAGAAAAAGAACAGAUAUAUAUAUUAUAGUUGAACUUAAAGACAGCUUAUAACUUUAGGAAAACAAAAAUAUUUUUGCCAGAACACGUCUCAGUACCUCAUGAAAGCUGACUGCCCUUGUUCUUGAGAUAGACUUUAGAAUGAACCAACUCUGAAAAGUAUUUUUGUGGCUGUGGUCCAUCCCUGAAAACAGAUGUCUUGAAAUGCUUUUCAUAUCCUAAAAUAUCUUCACUUCUGUUAAGAAGAAUGUGUUGGUAGGCAAUUCAGGCCAAGAUUCCCCUGGUUUCCUGAUUACAAAAGCAGGGUUUUGAAGAUGAUAGUGAUAUUUGAAAAGGUUGCUUGCUUCAAUAUUCUUGUUCCCUCGUGUUGUGGAGUCUAAUAGUGUAGUUAUCCUCAGCUUGUCCCAGCUUCUUUGUCCUCCCUUUCUUGGAGUAAAGGCCUUUAUCUUAGUACCAUCAUAUUGAAAGAAGUAGUUGGUCUUAAUAAGAUUUGGGCCUUGUGGAGGUUGUUAUCUGAGCACCAAGUAACCCAAGCUACAGGGUGACAACUUCUAGGCUCCAGAGCCGUUUCGCUAUACUGAGGGAGACUGGAAGGCUGCUCUGAGUGGAAUGGGAGAUAUAGGUUAUCUGAUUUUUGUCUUGAAAUACAACAUGAAGCAAAAGUGCACACUGAAUUAUCAAGAAUUUCCCUAGCCAGCCAAGUAAUUUGUUUCCUUACCUUGAAAUAAUAUUUAUUUUUGAGUUGUAACCCCUGAGGUUGGAUCUCUCAGUUAUAGGCUACUAACUUAGCUAGCAUUAUUACUCAUCUGAAACACUUGCUAUCCAUUGUGAUUCUGACCAGAAGAUACUUUUUUUUUGGGUACUUGGGAUUGAACUCAGCACUCAACCACUGAGCCACAACCCCAGCCCUAUUUUGUAUUUUAUUUAGAGACAGGGUCUCACCAAGUUGCUUAGCACCUGCUCGCUGUUGCUGAGGCUGGCUUUGAACUCGCCAUCCUCUUUCCUCAGCCUCCCGAGCCACUGGGAUUACAGGCAUGCACCACUGCGCCCAGCUGGAAGAUAACCUUUUUAUUGCUGCACGUGAGGCAACUCCUGAAGGAAGAGACAAACUAAAACAGUGAAAGAGCCUGUAGGAUAGCCCGCUUGCAGAUUGUAACACCCAGAACCCUGCCUGGUGCUGUUAUUCUAACCUAACAAAAAGUGACUUGGCAAACCUUGUAGCUGUCUAGCACUCUGGAAGUGUGGAUAAAACCAGAAGACAUUUCCUUUUGUUCUAGGUUGGUGUGUGGGGUUGAGCUGAAAAAUCCUGAGGCAUAACUCAUUGGCCAAAUUUUGAGGGGUAUGAAAGACAGCACCAGACGUCAGUGUGUGGGAGUGUGUGUCUAAUGUUUUAGACUGGAAUUCUGCAAUUAAAAAAAUUAUAAUAAAGUAUCAUUUUUUUAAAUCUG